CAGAAGGCUGCUCCGUCAUGCACUAGGUAGUGUGUGAUGUAAUUUCGCUGCAGAUAUAAAUAUCGUCGGCAAGGGAAAGUAUACAGCAUGGCUGUGCGUGGCUAGGAUUCACAGUCAAAAUUUUCCAACUCUUUUUGACAGCUUGAACAACAGUCUAAAGUAUAUUGUCUUGAGAGGAAACCCACUGAGCGCGACUUCAUGCCGCUCACUUGGGUUGACCGUAGCUCUGUCCGUGAGUAAGCUGUUUUGUGCGUCUUUUUGGCUGCCGACUCAAGCAUAGAGAAAAACGGUAGCCGGUGUCUUCAACUCCUUUUAGAAGGAUGAGUGUCCAGUCGGCCCUCUUGCCAAUCCUGGUCUUAGGACUAAUGACAAGCUCUGUGCGCUGCGCUCCGCUGCCCGGUGGACACAGCGGCCCCGUAGAGCGACGCUGGGAGACCCUCUACUCGCGUUCACUAGCACGAAUCCCCGGGGAAAAAAGAGAUAUCAGCAGGGACAGUGAUUAUCUCACGGGCAUCAAAAGACUCCGACGUCUCUACUGCAACGUUGGCAUUGGGUUUCAUCUUCAAGUAUUACCGGGUGGUAAAAUCACCGGCGUACACAACGAAAACCGCUACAGUCUUCUUGAGAUAUCUCCGGUGGAGAGGGGAGUUGUGACACUGUUUGGCGUGCGGAGCGGGCUAUUCGUGGCCAUGAACAGCAAAGGGAAGCUUUACGGAUCUGAGCAGUUCACAAACGAAUGCAAAUUCAGAGAAAAGCUCCUCGCAAAUAAUUACAAUGCGUACGAAUCGCUGGCACAUCCUGGGAUGUACAUCGGACUAAGUAAGGCUGGCAAAACAAAGAAAGGAAACCGAGUAUCAACAUCCAUGACGAUGACACAUUUCUUGCCUAGAAUUUGAGCUCAUUUUGGACGGGCGUAAGGCGGAGGAACGACGAUGCACUUUCUACCAGAAGUUAAAUGUGAGGUUAAGUGUAUCGUGUCAUGAUGUAUGUAUAUAUUAGACUAUUUAUAACUGUUGGUUUUAUAUUUCAUCACACCGUCCUCUUUGCGAGGUGGAAGACAACAAUUAAUUUAUUUGUUAUUUGUUAAUUUAUCCUCAUUGCUGCUACCACGUGUUCAUAUACAAGUGAAAUUCCUACAAAUGUAAACAUAUCUUUUUUUGCACUGUUUGUGUUGUUCUAAUGCGUUUUGGGGAGGUAGUCAAAAAUACGCCAUAUUUAAUUUGAGUUUUUUAGGACAAACAGUAUCCAAAAGUGUUCAAAAGACGUAUUUUAAAAGUCUGCAAUCAACUGACAACAAGAAACGCGAUUCCUCGCGUCCUAAUUUUUAACCGCGAAAAAUUAAAUAUGGCGGCAACGCUGACUACGGUCUAUUUGUCCUUCGUCGGAAAUAAUAUGUAAGUCUUAGGUCAAGCCUCCAAUCGUUAAGGUGUAUCAACCCCCAUAGUAUUAGCACUGGAGCAAUUGUCCAAUGUCUGGGCUCCUUUGUGCGGAGCUCGGAUCUAACUGAAGCAGUAUCGGCUUACUCUAGCUUACUGAAGUUCUACCCCUUCAAAUCUGUUUUUAGCUCUGCCGGGGGGUUGAACUUUGAACUUAUCUGCAGUCAAUCUUUGUCACAUCUCUAAGGCUCUAGAUCAAGAGAAGUAGCUUCUUUAACAUAGAGACAUGAAUUUUUAAAAAUCCAAAGGGAUUGCCAUGCAUAUACCGUAUACCCUGAGCCCUUUGGACAGACAAUGUCAAGUUCAAGUCAAGUUUCUGCUGUGGAUUUUGGAAGAUAUGAAGAUCAGUAUUUUUAUGAUGGUAACACAAAAAAAAAAGAAAUGACAGUGUUGUGUAUAAGAGUUAGCGUAAAUACAAAUGUCACAACUUCCACAGUGAGUUACAAGAAGGCGUUUACCCACUUUGUUUGUCGUUUUCUACCUCAUGCAGUUUCCAACUGACAUUUCCUACUUUGAAAAUCAGCUGACACCGAAUGUUUAGCUCUAAGUUGCUCUUCUGAGGCUCCUGCCACUCUGAAGUUCUGGCGGCCAUUGCGUCCUAGUUGCGCCUUGUCACGUUUGAGCUAUCUUUACCCUGUGAUUUACUUUUAGAAAGGAUAAUCAUGUUGGAAAUAUUUGCAGACAGCUGUUAGACUACACUAUAUGCUCAACAAGUAACUCUAUAUUUUUCUUAACAUAUUUUGUAAAUAUGGUGCAAAACUCAGAAGCUGCUUUAAACUUAUAUGGCGUUAGAUAUAUUAAUAGUAAGAUAUGAUACACUCAUGCAGGGAUUAACAGGUUUUCCAUCUUAUAAACAUAUAUUUGAGCAAUAUUAUCUUUAAAAAGCAUUCCUUACUGUCAUCGUCAGGUACAUUUCAUUGAGAGAAUCUAAAAAUGUACCUGUACUUGAGUGUAAUUCUGAACUGAAAAUGAACAGAUAGUCUUUUGGGGUUCAAGAAAACCAUUUAGGAAUAAAAAAAAAGAAACUGAAGCUAAACUGACCGGUUGACCUCAAAAGCAUCAACACAUUCGUAUAGUUUCAUUUACUGUAAUUUUAACUGUUACAUGUCCAAAUUUGUUUCUUAAUAUGCCCUGCCUGGAUGUGCACAUCAAUUAGUUUCACUUGAUGACUCUAAGCUACCUAAGCUAAUGCUGGAGGAGGGAAGGGUUGUCUGUCUUUCUCUUUUCCACAUCUGUGCCAAACCUCUUUCCAAAUGGACGUGAUUUGCAUCAGUGUGGAUGUUGUUUACAAUAGACCCAAUGGCCACUGAAGGCAAAUUGCUCGUCUGACCCUCAUCACAAAUCACUGGACUUGAUUUGUUUAACCAAAAAAAUGCAAUAUCAACAGGCAUGACCUAGUAGCCUGAGAUUAGUGGAAACAGCCACUCCAACACAACAAUGUUCCAAAUUUUGCCAUUGUCUGGAUGUGCUUAUGAACAGGGAUGUAUGCUGUGUAUUGAAAUCAAUUUUCUCUGUCAAUUCCCAUAAGGUUUAUCGAUAGCAGAGCUCUAAAGUAAAUGGGCUAAUGUCUGAGUCCUGUCGUAGUGCGCUCUGAAUCCUGUUUUACCAAAUAUUGUCUGUAGUUUUAUACAGGUCUUGUUAAAUAUUGUGAUGUAUGUGCUGUGCACAUGAUGAUACCCUAACUUAAAUGGAAGUUAAUAAAUAUGUAAAUCAUG